UGUUCUUUUGGUAGCGACUUUUUUUUUUGUUUGUUUUUUGUGGCGUAUUCUUAUUAUCGUUAUUAUUAUUUGUUAUUUCCGCGAAGUGAGAGAGAGUUAAUCUCCUCCCAGUUUGCGGGGAGUUUUCUAGCAACUGUUGCCCGGUGAGGCAAGCGCCAUAGCCACCGUAGUCGUGGCGACUGUAACCCACCAACAACAAGCUCUCGCUCGCUUCAUCAUUACCACCUCCUCCACCAUCCUCAUACUCACCCGCCGCUCCAUAAGCAGGCGCCAUGCAGACCCCUGAGGCAGGCGCUGACUCCACCUCUACAGUCCCGAUUCAGACCACCGUGCCUGUCCAGCCAGCCGGCUCCACCCAGCAGCUGCCUGUCCAGCAACAGACGCAGACUGUUCAACAGGUCCAGCAUGUUUACCCAGCGCAGGUGCAGUACGUGGAGGAAAACAGCGGCGUCUACACCAACGGCAACAUAAGAAGCUACUCAUACUCUGAGCCACAGCUGUACAGCCAGAACAGCGGCGGGAGCUACUUCGACACACAGGGGGGCUCGUCCCAAGUGUCCACGGUGGUCACCUCCCAUGGGAUGGCUAACAACGGCGGCGGGGGCAGCGGGGGCAUGAGCAUGGGCCUGGCGGGGGGUCAGGUAAUCAGCAGCAGUUCCGGGGCCUACCUCAUGGACAGCACCGGCGCCCACCCAACUGCCCAGACUGCACGGGCCUCCCCAGCAACUAUUGAAAUGGCGAUUGAGACGCUCCAAAAAUCUGAGGGUUUAUCCAGUCAGAGAAGCUCGCUGCUCAACAGCCAUCUGCAGUGGCUGCUGGACAACUACGAGACAGCCGAGGGCGUGAGUCUCCCGCGUUCCACCCUCUACAAUCACUACCUGCGCCACUGCCAGGAGCAGAAGCUGGACCCCGUAAACGCCGCCUCCUUCGGCAAACUCAUCCGCUCCAUCUUCAUGGGGCUGCGCACAAGACGCCUCGGAACAAGGGGGAACUCCAAAUAUCACUACUACGGUAUACGUGUAAAACCCGACUCCCCGCUCAACAGGCUUCAGGAGGACAUGCAGUACAUGGCCCUCAGGCAGCAGCCCGUUCAACAGAAACAGAGGUUCAAACCGGUGCAGAAGUUUGACACCAGCCCCACAGAGAACUACUCCGGUGGAGGCCACAACCAGCCGGGGGCGGCAGAGCAGACCGUCAUCGCACAGAGUCAGCACCACCAGCAGUUCUUGGAUGCAUCGCGGGCACUCCCCAACUUUGCAGAGCUGGACCUCGGGCAGAGCAAUCCGGAGAACAUCAGCCCGGAGGACGUCAAGGCUCUCCAAUCGCUUUACAGAGAGCACUGCGAGGCCAUCCUGGACGUGGUCAUCAACUUGCAGUUUAGCCUCAUUGAGAAGCUUUGGCAAACAUUCUGGCGUUAUUCUCCGCCCGACUCUGUAGAGGGCGCCACCGUAACAGGAAACAGCAGCGUAAGUGAGAUUGAAGCCCGACUCCCGCAGUCGCAGCUGCUGGCGCUGUGCAGACAUGAUGCUGUGCUCAAGUGGAUGAGCACCUGCGAUCAUCUUAUGUACCAGGCUCUCGUGGAAAUCCUCAUCCCUGAUGUCCUGAGACCCAUUCCCAGUGCCUUGACUCAAGCCAUUCGCAAUUUUGCCAAAAGCCUGGAAAGUUGGCUCAAUAAUGCAAUGAAUGCGAUACCGCAGAGGAUGAUCCAGUCCAAGGUUGCCGCUGUUAGUGCCUUUGCGCAAACACUACGCAGAUACACAUCCCUGAACCACCUGGCUCAGGCGGCGCGCGCCGUGUUGCAGAACACGUCGCAGAUCAACCAGAUGCUGAGCGACCUCAACCGCGUCGACUUUGCCAACGUACAGGUCGGUGUCGCGUCACGCGGCGGUGGCGGCGGCGGCUUUUUUCCCCCCCUCGGGGGAAUUCACGCCCGUCGUCCGUGCGAACAGGAGCAAGCGUCGUGGGUGUGCCAGUGCGAGGAGGGCGUAGUUCAGCACUUGGAGCAGGACUUCAAGGCUACCCUACAGCAGCAAAGCUCUCUGGAGCAGUGGGCGGCCUGGCUGGACAACGUGGUCACGCAGGUUCUGAAGCCCUACGAGCAGCGGCCCACCUUUCCCAAGGCGGCCCGGCAGUUCCUACUCAAGUGGUCCUUCUACAGUUCCAUGGUCAUCAGGGAUUUGACCCUGCGCAGUGCCGCAAGCUUCGGUUCCUUUCACUUGAUACGACUCCUCUACGACGAGUACAUGUUCUAUCUGGUGGAGCACCGGGUGGCCCAAGCUACAGGAGAGACGCCCAUUGGCGUCAUGGGCGAGUUCGACAGCCUGAACAGCCUGUCGCUCACCAACAUCGAUAAAGAUGAAACGAGCGGCAUGGACAGCGAUUUAGACGAAGAGCCCGAGGAAUCCGGCGAGCCCGUGGCCAAACGCGAGAAGUCCGAGCACGAGGUGAUCCAGGUGAUCCAGGUGGGCGCCCUGGAGGACGGCUCCCACCCCGUGGUGGGCGUCGUCCAGCCCAGCGUCCUGCACUCGCUGCCGCCGCCACCCCGUCAGGACCGCGGCGAGCACAUCCUGACCCCGCCGGGCGGCGCCCCCGCCAUCCGCCGCUGCAGCGCCACGGGUAACACGUACGCCUCCGUCUGACUGCGACGCCCGACCCGUCUCGCUUCUCCGCCGCGUCCGUCAGCCGCCAUGUUUACGUCCGCGCGGGUCUGUCCGCAGCCGGGUCCGACACCGGACUGAUGCGGUUUUUCCCCGCGUCUGUCCUGAAUGCUGCGUCCUCCCCACACGAAACACAGGGUCUAAAGAAAAAUCCACUUUCUACUGCUGAUGUCUAAGAGUUCAAACGUGGUCCGCUGUAUAUAGUUGGGAAUUCGAAUUAGCGAAAUCUCAUGGUGCUAUCGUUGUGUUCUGUUAAACUACAACAAGUUGACCUUGGUGUUUCCCGACCUUUUCUCGAGCCACGGCACGUACACUCCCCGCAAAAAGUUCGGAAUAUUCUGGUGAAAUUUCACGAUGAACCUAAAAAAAAAAAAAAAAAAAAUGCUCCGUGACCUUUGCGGGUGAACCUUAUUUGACCUUCUCAAAUUGAUAACGUGUUUGAUAGGAUUUCUAUGCCAUUCUGUGACUCUUCCUGCAUCCCUUUUGCAACCGUGUGACGCACUCCCCGGGCUCAGACGUCCCUCCGAGGGCGUAAACGUUGGAAGCCGUGCAAUGAAAUGAGCGACUGUUGAUCAAGCGCAAACGAAGAGGACAAUUUGAAUCGAAACAAAACUUGUCAGAAGGUCAAAGUUGACUUCACCAAGUAAAGAUGAUCGUGCAAAUUUUAGGUUCAUCCUGAAAUUAACCCAAAGAACAAAAUCCAGAUGACCCCCCCCCCCCCCUGUACUAGUUGUUCAGCUUUCACAAGUUCCCCCAUUUUUUAUUAUUUUUUUUUUAAACCGACGUCCCGUUAUUAGUAAAACCUUCCACUUAUUAGCAGGCGUUUUUUUUUUUUUUUGGGGGGGGGCAAUUUCUUUAGCAGAAAAUCUCACUUAUCUGCAUUUUUUUUUUUUUACCCAAUCCCUCACUUAUUUUAGUUUUUUGUGGUAUGAAAACAAGCAUGGAAGCUUGUGAUUUUUGCUAAUUACGAGUCGUGGGGGUCCACUGUUAUCCUUUACUUUUUUUUGUGAAGAUUGUGGACCCUCAUAUUCCUUUUUGGGCUUUUCCAAAUGAGUGGAUUUGGGGGGAGAACCUAUACCCCCCUUUUGUUCCCCAAAAACACCUGCUGCGUCUUUUUUUUUUUUUUUUGCUGUUCCCCUAAUUUUGUUUUUUUUUUUAUACCCCAGCGCCUGCUUAUUUUCCCGUUUUUUAAUUUUUUUUUUUUUUUUACAUGUAAUUAUUGACAGAUUUCUACUAUUGGGGUCCAUAACGUCUGUUAACUGCGAUGGUUCAACCGUAGUGUUUAACUACGUACCUUCUGCCAUCUUU